AUGGUGUCGAUGGUUGUCAUUCUCUCAACAACAGUUUCUACGGCUCCUGUUGAGGAGAAGGAGCAUGAUGAUGACUCCAAGAGUCAGGAUAAGAUUGUGGGAAUCCUUGGCGUUCAGCAGCCCACCACGGUGGCAGCGUCCAGAGCUUCAGGUGUCAGUGAAGGAGCAAUUGGCUCCUCCCACAUUCAGGAUCAGAGUGGUGAUCCAGGUCAUUCCUCUGUAGAUGCAGCUGGAGGUUUGGGCAGCUCAGCAACUUCACAACAUGCAGGUUCAGCUGUAGAUCUGUCUGCUGCUCAGCCUGCAGGCCCAGAUCAUGGAGCAGCUUCCACCGGCACGGUACACGGUGCUGAUGGCGUCGACGCUGAGUCCAACGGUAAUGGACAGAAGCUGCUGAAUGGAGGAGGAGUCGAUAAUGGUCAAACAGGAGGAAUUGACCCGUCAAGUCACGACUUCCUCCUGAGUGUAAUGGGUGGAGCUGAUCCGUUUGGACCAGAUGUCCAUGUUCAUGUACCAGAUCACACAGCUCCGCCCACUCAGCUGGAUGCUGCAGGAGGACCAGGGCCUGACAGCCAAUCAGCUUCCAGUUCUGUCUCAGGCUCCUCCCAGGCCUCUGCUCCAGGAGACUCCCCUGACUCCCCUGACUCAAACGGAAAUGGCCGACAGACUCUGCUGAGUGACGCAGCUGGAGCAGUAACAGACGGACUCUUCCUCUUCAAUGAUCUUCAGACCCAGAACCUUCCAUCUGACCUGACAGCAGGAGGGGCGGAGUCAGUGACCAUCCUGCCAAUCGACCUGACAGCAUCAGGUCUCGGACUGGGUCAAGAUGUCACAGAAUCAUCACCUGUUAUUCUUCACACUGAGUCGUCACAUCUGAACAGCUACACACAGUCGCUGCAGUCAGUUUCAGGACAAUAUUCGCAGACAGACCUGGCAACCAUAGCAACAGGGACAGAAACAGUGACAGCAGAUGUGACAGCGACUCCACCUGACUCCAGUCAUGCAGCAGUGACAGAUCACACACAGACAGUUGGUACAGCCACUGAACAGUACAACCCAUCUGGUCAGGGUCCUGAAGGUGCAGAAAAUGUGGAACUGGAGGAUACCUGCUGACUUCCACAUGAAGCCGCGAGUUCGAUUCCUGCGCUACAGAUUCCAGUGUACCGACCAAUCUGAUUGGCCCAGGAGAUCUGACCCCGCCCUCUAGAGUCUAGGCCCCGCCCACUGAGCGGUAGCAGUGUGUUGGUGUUUAAGAGUAUUUAAAUGUGCAUUUUGUUUAUAGACGGUUUGUUUUUAGACGCAUUCAGAGGCUUGGCGUGUUCUGGUCGAACCUCCUCAAAGGUCAAAGGUCAAACGUUAGGUGUUUUCG